AAAAAGAAAAAUUAUAAAAUAUUAAUACCGAUUCCAUUGUAUUGUUAUCGAUAACCCAUGAAUCGAUUUUAAAAUUGAAAGUAGUGGGGGAAGUGGGGCGUUCUCUGAGAUACCCAACAUAUAAAGUUCAAGUCAUUUAUGUUUUCGCAGUCAAUAGAUUUUAACACGUAACAAAGUUAUAAUAUCCGCGUCUCCUUCUUAGUGCGUUUAAUUUUUUAAUUGUAUGUUUUAAAUACAAAUAAAAAAGAGGACAAAAAGGGUUACAAUGAAAAUUUUACUCGUAUUAUGUGCUGUGGUGGCGGCUGGCACUGCCGUCAGCUUCUUCGACCUCGUCCGCGAGGAGUGGAACACCUUUAAGCUAGAGCACAAGAAGCAGUACGACAGCGAGACGGAGGAGAAGUUCCGUAUGAAGAUAUACGCGGAGAACAAACACAAGGUCGCCAAACACAACCAGCGGUACCAGAAGGGUCUGGUCUCCUACAGGCUGAAGACGAACAAGUACUCCGACAUGCUGCACCACGAGUUCGUCAACACCAUGAACGGAUUCAACAAGACCGUGAAACACAACAAGGGGCUGUACGCGAAGGGUAACGAUAUCCGCGGGGCCACUUUCGUGUCCCCGGCCAACGUGGCGGCGCCUCCCACCGUGGACUGGAGGCAGCACGGAGCCGUCACCCCCGUCAAGGACCAGGGCAAAUGUGGAUCAUGCUGGUCGUUCUCUACCACGGGAGCACUGGAGGGCCAACACUUCCGUAAGAGCGGCUUCCUGGUGUCUCUCUCGGAGCAGAACCUCAUCGACUGCUCCUCCGCGUACGGAAACAACGGAUGUAACGGCGGCCUCAUGGACAACGCCUUCAAGUACAUCAAGGACAACGACGGCAUCGACACCGAGAAGACCUACCCCUACGAGGCCGUGGACGACAAGUGCAGGUACAACCCCAAGAACUCGGGCGCCGAGGACGUGGGCUUCGUGGACAUCCCCGCCGGAGACGAGCACAAGCUGAUGCUGGCGCUGGCCACCGUGGGACCCGUGUCCGUCGCCAUAGACGCGAGCCAGGAGUCCUUCCAGCUCUACUCUGACGGCGUCUACUACGACGAGAACUGCUCCUCCGAAAACCUCGACCAUGGAGUGUUGGUGGUGGGUUACGGCACGGACGAGGACGGCGGCGACUACUGGCUGGUGAAGAACUCGUGGGGGCCGUCCUGGGGAGACGAGGGCUACAUCAAGAUGGCCCGCAACAGAGACAACCACUGCGGCAUCGCCUCCUCCGCCUCCUACCCGCUCGUGUAGGCGACGGGCGGAGGAGCUUCAUAUAUAGAGAGACUCAUUAGUUCAGGCGCUCUGUAUCCUUAGCACAAGUCCUCGUCCUCAAGCGUCUCCGCUCACCUCCACUCAUGAAUACUCUCACACGUUAGUAUGGACGGCCCGGGACUUGUGGUGGGAGGUAGGGCGCGUUGUAAAGUGCGUGUGAUACAUAGGGUAAUGUAAUGUAAGAAUAAAUAAAUAAAUAUUUUAAUUG